UUGUGUAUAGCCCCUGUAUAUAUUCCGAAAUAUUGCAUUCUCAAGGGGUGCGACAGUCUUGGGCAUGUUGACGGUCUUAGCAGUUGUCAUAUAACCCUCUCUGGUUGUCCAAAAUACCACAAUGGUACUAAAGAGUACUUCCGUGGGAUUCGGAGUCACGGUCAAGAUCUUGAACCCUUUCCAAAAGCUACUGAGGAAGUAGCCACAGGUGAACAAUUUAUCAAAAUUCAUGAACCCUGUCUUGAUGGUCUUGGUUCUGACGCCGAUAUCCUCCUGUUCCGUCGAGCGCAGCAAAAGCUGGCUUCAGAUAAGGGGAGGGAAGUCACCGAUCAUCUUAUUACUCUGGCAAAGCUACAUGGGAUACAGAAAGACAAGAAACCACUCUCAUCCCAGGUCUUCAUUUCACCCUUACCCAGUGCUACUAUUGAAACUCCUUUAUACACCGAAAAUAAUAUCAAGGAGAUCGUGUUUGGUGAUUGGGAAAUGCAAACAUGGUACGGGAGUGUCUUCCCACCCUCGAUUGCCUGUCUACCUCGAAUUUAUAUCUGCGAAUUUUGUCUCUCCUAUGUGCCUCAUCUCGUUGGCUACCGUCGUCAUAGGCUCCGCUGUAAGCGACGAUUCCCCCCAGGCAACGAGAUCUAUCGAAAAGACAAACUGUCAUUCUUCGAAGUCAAUGGGGCUCUGCAAAAGGAGUAUUGUCACAACCUCUGUCUUCUGGCAAAGUUGUACUUGAAACAGAAAACCGUUCAUGAGAUUGACCGGGUGUCAGCGUUCCUCUUCUACAUUCUAACCGAAGCUGAUGAGUCUGGAUGCCACAUCGUUGGUUACUUUUCCAAGCACAAGGCGGAGGAGCAAGAUCUUCCACCCGCCACCUUCAACAAUCUCUCCUGCCUUUUAGUGAUGCCACACUAUCAGAGGCAGGGAUUCGGUCGCAUGCUCAUUGAAUUCAGUACGUCACUUUGUUUUCUUAACAGUUUUUUGGGCUGCCUGUCCACCUUCCGCUUCUAG